GUGACAAGACAAAGGCCAUAAAACUUGUCUUUUAUAAGAAGCACUGAUUUGAUCUCACAGCACUGAGACAAACACAGGUGAAGACUCAAUAACAACAAGAUCAACACUGAAAGUAAUUCUUUGGAGAUUUUUGACAAGAUGAGAAAAUUCCUCUUUCUGGUUCUCACCAUAACAGCUUCUGUAGCUUUUGCCAGUCCACCAGUUCAGGAUGAGAAGCUUCCAGAUCCAGUGGUGAAGGUACCAGUGGUUGAAAAAGAGCCGAAUGAAGAGCACACAGAAGCAGAAGCAGGUCCUCUGGUGCAGGAUGAAGCUGUUGCAGAUUCACGUCUGGAGCCUGAUUCAGUGCUGCUGGAGCCAGAAACAACAGAAGAACAAAGAUUACCAGAAGAGACACAAGCGAUGUUGGAGAAACUUGUGCUAGAGGCAGAUAACUUGACUGAAGAGAUUGUGGAGACAGAACUAGGGCCUGAGCUGGAAACAACUGACUUUCAGAAAGACAGCAACAUCAUACCAGAGUUAGAGUCUGAAACUAAUACAGAAGAGGAAGAUGAAAAAGAAGAAAAUCUAGUAAAGGAAGAGCCUACACUUGAGGCUGACUAUAUGAUGGAUGAAAAUCCAGAAAUACAAAUGGACCCUGGGAGGCAAAGUCGAAUGACACAGAAUGGAUGGGGGACUUGUAGAGGAGUUGUCCUACAGGGCAAAUGUUACCAGUAUUUCAGAGUACACCUCAACGCCUAUCAAGCUGCAUGA